AUGGAAAGACGAAAAGCGAGCCCGGAACAAUUAAAUAUGCUGUUGCAUUUUCUCGAAGAAGACAAGGAAUUAGCAAUUGGAAAAAUUACGGGGAUAGAAGGAAGAAUUCGUCAAACUAACGCAUGGAUUAAAAUAACCGAGAAAUUAAAUGCUAAUUCUGGUUUUGGUUCUGGUGCUAUUAAGACACCAGACAAAUGGCAACAGACUUGGAGGGAUUGGAAAUCGAAUGUAAAGAAAAAGGCUUUCAAAAUAAGAAAGAAUAGGUUUACACCAGGAUGUAACGCUAACAUUCAACUUACAGAGGCAGAAGAAAAGAUAUUGAGGCUUAUAUGUACUAAUACUUCUGUAUUUGGUUUAUCUGGUGUACCUGAGACUUCAGCAAUCACAAAUUCAAUGGCACCAUCACAAAGCACUGGACCUGGAGAUGAUUUGUGCAGUGUUGAUCCAUCCACAAGUGGUUUGAAAUGGCCAACAGAUGCACAACAUUUCAGUGCAGCAGAAAUAGAAAUGAGCUUACAAGAUGGAGUUGGGGCAGAUCCUGAUGCUGGCAUGGGGCCAAAUGAAGUGUCUUCAGCCCCAGCCGCAGGCAAACCCUUAUGGAAAAGGGGGAGGCCAGUGAGACUUGUACACGAUAGACUCCUUAACUUAGAAGAAGAAAGAAUAAGAAUUGAAAAACAGAAACUUUUGGAAAAAAAGCGAUGUAAUAAUAUAAGACUUAAAAUGGAAAAGGAUAGACUUGAGAUUGAAAGACAAAGGAAUAUCUUGUUAGAAAAGCUUUUAGUUGCUGUAGAAACAGUUGCUACACAGAGAUAA